UCGACAACAUUCGACGAGUGCAGAUCACCAGCUCAGCAGCUCACACUCUGAGACCUCAGGCAGCCCAGUCCGCAGAUUUUCACGCAAACCCUUCGAGAUUUUCCGUGUCGUUUUCCAAGCAAAGCAAACAACCAACCGUCAAUAUUAUAAACAGCAAAGUACCAAGUGUCAGCGACUUUUGAACACACACAGAACCGAAAAAACACUCCCAAACGCGACUGUAUAAUCAGCCAAGAAACCCAACAACUGGUGGUGAUAAUAAAAGAACUUACAACAACAGCGCCGAGAACCAGUAUAAAGUUCAAUAUCGCGUUGAUUCAAAUUAAACAAAGGAGAGGCGUCAGCAGCAGCAGCAGCAGCAGCAGCAACAAAAGCCAGCUCGGUUUUGUCAUUCAAGUAUUUUUGGUCAACACACGGCAUUCGAAAUGGCAGCCUACUUGGACCCCACCGGCCAGUACUGAGGAAGAAGCUGUUGAAAGAUAUUGUUAACUAACUGCGAAGACUCCCCGAAAACCAGAGAUCCUAGCCAUGGCCGCCUACCUGGACCCCACUGGUCAGUACUGAGGAAGGAGCCAGCAGCAGACAGACAGAAGAGCCUACAGCUCGAGUUCCCGUCCAAGAGUUACCAAGAAAAGCACCAAAAUGUCGCUCGACCUGGACCCCACUGGCACCUACUAAGGAGCAGACCCUUUGGCCAAGCAAGCAGGGCUGAGCGUUGCAGGCAGUAGCAUCCCAUCUCCGGAGAAACCCCCAAGGCACAUCUACCCAAAAUGCUGGACCCCACCGGCACCUAUCGGCGACCCCGCGAGGAGAGCCGCCAAAAGAGGCGACAGGACUGCCUGGACCCCACCGGGCAGUACUGAGCGCUACCCGCCCGACUGGAGAGCCCCACACGCCCGUGCCUUACCCGAAAUUCUGGGCAUGAUUGGGGGAGCGCGCUGGUUGCGCGUCCGUGGCCGCGAGGAGACUUCCAGCUGCCGGCGCAGGAGAAAGCUGGGGCCUCCCCGCAGACCCCUGCGAUGCGAACCUUUGUAUUUAUGUAGUUUUGCGUAGCCUACCAAUACCUAUUACAUUAACUAUUUAUUAUCAUACUAUUUAAACUAAAUACUGUUCAUUGCUGUUCACAAAAUCACGAAUCGCGCACACACAUACCCCAUAUCCUAUAUACCACAUAUGUUAUAUAUAUAUUCACAUACACUUGUAGUUGUUUUCCCGAGCUGGAAAGACUGCGCAAAGAGUAUUACGUUUAGUGUCAUAUUUCCCGAGCAAAUCUUCGUUUGUUUAAAUUAUUCAUUUUAUUUAUUGCCAACGAGAGUAAUGUUUUUCCCACCCCCCGUUGAGGGCCUGGAAAACCAUUCGGAGCGAGACAUUUUGUUUAGAUCCUAAGCGUAUUAAGCUAUUUAUAUGUCCACACCUGCGACCACACACCCCCACACACCCAUAGAGAUGUAAUAUUAAAAGAAAAUCAUAUUUAAAACUGA